AGUUAUUUAAAUUACCACCACCUCAUUGCAAUUUAUGUAAAGUAAGACUAUCUGAAUUAUGAAUUUAUGAACAUUAAAACCCCCCUCUUGACACUUUCCUUCUCCCUGCUUCACUUCACACACUUCACCUCAAAGAUUCAAUCUUUAUAACAUCUAGAACAAAAAGUAUCAAACUUUCUUCAUAAAUCUCAAGUUUUAGCCUUUUCUGCUUCUGGGUUUUACUGUUUCUUGAAUCUUGAUUUUCCGGUUAAAGAAUAAGCUUUUACCGGUUUUUCUUGCCGGAAAAUUUGGAAAUGGAUUUCUGGGCUCACUCAGCAAAACACCACCACUUCCACACUCUCCAAUCUGACCAUCUUAACAACUCAGAUAAUCAUAUGAAAAUGGAUGGAGAUGAUGAUGUUAGAGCCUGGUUUCCAUGCCCUUUUUGUUAUGUGGAAAUUGAGAUUCCUGUGCUUUGUUGUCAUCUGCAAGAAGAACAUUGUUUCGACCUUAAAAACGCGGUUUGUCCAAUAUGUGCAGCAAAUUUGGGCAAAGAUGCAAUUGCUCAUUUCACAUCCCACCAUGUCCAUUCUAUAAAGAGUAGGAGAAAGUCCUCGAAAUCAGGGUUCUGGAGUAAUGGUGCGAGCCACACACGAGAAAUGGCCGACAGGGGAAACAUGGAUGAAACCACAUCCGAUCCGCUAUCAGCAUUCCUGUGCAAUAUUCCAAUUUCAGAGCUUCAACAAGAGCAAGUAGCAAAUGCCACUUCUUCCAUCAACAGCAGCACAAAUGAAGUAGAAAAGGUGAAGGAUCAUGAAGAGAAGUGGCAUCGAGCAGCGUUCGUUCAACAACUCAUCUUUUCAACUAUUUUCUGAAGUUAACAAGAUUGUAUCAGUUUAAGCUGUUGUACACUUGCAUCAUUCUUGAUGGUUUCAACUGCAGUUAGUUAUGAAAAGCCACUGGUGUGUGUAUGCAAUUUCUCAAUAUCAAUCAAAUCAGUAUCUUCUUCAAAA